AAAUGAGCACUACAUUACCCAGAAUGCAACGGUAGGCAACAUUCGCUGCGAUUGGAUGUUCGUCAGAUCGCAUGAGGAGCACGUAAAGGGAACCUCACUACUAAGAAAACAAUCCACGAUGUCUGGACGACGAAGAGUGGUGGUGUUUCCCUCUGUGGCCGAGCUCGGAUCCUCUCUGGCCCAGCUGGUGUCCUCUCGUGCAGAGAAAGCUCUAAGCGGAGGUGGAAGCUCCUUUUCUCUAGGUCUUUCAGGAGGGAGUUUGGUUUCCAUCCUGAGUAAGGAGCUGCCUGCUGUACCGAACCUGGACUGCAGCAGAUGGCUUAUCGGCUUCUGUGAUGAGAGACUCGUUCCAUUCAGUGAUCCUGAGAGCACUUAUGGCUUAUAUAAGAAUCAAUUGUUUGAGAAAAUCAACGUUCCAGAAGAUCGGAUUUUGGCUAUAGAUCCUUCUUUACCUGUGCAAGAAUGUGCUGACGAUUAUGCUGGCAAACUCAGCAAGGCCUUUAGCACAGAGCAAAUUCCAGUUUUUGACAUGCUGUUGCUGGGAAUGGGACCAGAUGGACACACCUGCUCUCUCUUUCCUGAUCAUCCUUUAUUACAGGAAAGCCAGAGGACAGUGGCCCCAAUCUCUGAUUCCCCCAAACCACCCCCUCAGCGUGUCACUAUGACAUUACCCACGGUCAACGCUGCUCGAUGUGUGGUGUUUGUGUCAACAGGAGGCAGCAAAGCUCCUAUGCUCAAGCAAGUAUUGGAGGGUGGAGAAGGCCCCGCACUUCCAGCAGCUCUGGUGGCACCUGGACAGGGAGAGCUCUUCUGGCUUGUGGAUGAGCCAGCAGCUGCCUCCCUCACGUCUCAGGUGGAGAGACCAGGGCCUGGGGCAAAACUCUGACAGAACUUGUGGAAGCACUUUCUAGUAUUCCUAUGGAGUCCAUAAACUGUGUUUGCAAAGAUUUUUUCUUCAUAGCACUUAUGAAAAUCAUAACUGUAAUUACUGCAGUUAUUAUUACUGUAAACUAAAAAAAAGGGGGAUCUUUGAAGUUUUCAGAAUUUGUUGUUUAAUUUUUUUAAAAACACAAUUGUUACCAUAGGUUUAUUAUCGUAACAAUAACUGUGGAAACAAUAGUUGCCAUUGUACAUUUUGUUAGAUGCAAUAAAAAAAAAACCUGCCCAAAAAUUCUGAAUGAAGUUUUAGGAGGUUAAUAACCAUUCUGAA